AUGGGUUCGCUUCUCUCGGCUGAUCCUAUGGUUAUAUACCCGAAGGAAGUUGUUUUCCUGAGGUAUGGACAGGAGUCUAUGCCGGCGCCUGACUUUGUAGCUCUCGUAUACCACAUGAGUCCCUACAGACCGCAGAAGUUACGUAAGGACUUCUGGGAGAAGUUGGAGGCUGACCUCUUUGAGAAGCUAGCUGUGGCGGCAGUAAAACGUGAGGACGAGGUUGUGUCCUGUAUGGUGCAGGAAGACACAGUGGGUGCUGUGACUCAUCCGAGUUGGAAGGGGGUUAGGUGUGGGCUCCCAGCGGAAGAGGCUGGGGUAGAGACCACACCUAUAUCUGUGGUAGGUGCUUUCUCCUCGCAGUCAUGGCGUGAUAUCAGUGAGGUGCUGGAUCAGUCGGUGAGGAAAAAACAGAAGCCCAACUGA